UUUGACGUAUGUUGUACUUGUGAUUUUUUAGUUACCUACUUGCUACUUACUUUUGGUCGCUUUCGUCGAGCAAAAAUAAGCAAUACUUCUUUUUCUCUGUUUAACAUAGAAGUGCUAAACUUAUUUUUAUAUUUGACAAUACAUAUAUUCAUUUACGUAAUCCUGGUUUUCAAAUUUCUAAAAUAUCUGAACGCAACGGUUAAGACCAUGCCUUCUGAAGUACAAACUGUGUUGAAAUUCACACGCCUCAGUGAAAAUGCCUUCCCACCUGUAAAAGGCUCUGAAAAAGCAGCUGGAUUCGAUUUAAAAAGUGCCUAUGACUAUACUGUUUCUGCACGCGGCAAGGAAUUGGUAAAGACAGACUUACAAAUAGAGUUGCCUUCAGGAUGUUAUGGCAGAGUUGCUCCUAGAUCUGGACUGGCUGUCAAAAACUUCAUCGAUGUUGGAGCUGGUGUUAUUGAUGAAGAUUACCGCGGUAAUGUUGGAGUAGUGAUAUUUAACCAUUCUGAUCAAGAAUUUAUAAUCAAGAAAGGAGACCGAAUUGCACAGCUGAUAUGUGAAAGAAUUUACUACCCUGAACUAGUUGAGGUUGCCAAUCUUACAGACACAAAGAGAGCAGAUGGAGGUUUUGGCUCUACAGGAACCCAAUAAAAAAAACUGCUGUUAAGUAUUCUUAAGUGUAUUGCUGUAUUAAAAUAAAUGUCUUAAAAAUA